UUGUUUGCUGAUCUUAGCGCUCAACGAGGCACCGCUGAUAAAAAGGAAUAAUACAACAUGAUGGCUACAAACGGAAAGGACGCCUGUGGAAUAAAUGGUGACGUGCCAUCGGUAUCUUCACACUGCAACAACGACUCUUUAGUUAACAAGUCACACUCCGCUGUGGUGAACGGAGCAGGAACGGAGGCGUCGUCUCACUCAAGGCUGCAGAACGGAGGAACCGGGGCGGAGAGGUUCACCUUCAGCCCCGAGCCCACCAUUGAGGACAUUAGGCGGAUGCAGGCUGAGUUCACGGACGAGCGGGACUGGAAUCAGUUUCACCAGCCCCGCAACCUGCUCCUGGCUAUGGUCGGUGAAGUCGGCGAGGUGUCGGAGCUCUUCCAGUGGCGGGGGGAGGUGGCCGAGGGCCUGCCGAACUGGACCGAGUGCGAGCGAGAGCAGCUGGCGCAGGAACUCAGCGACGUGAUGAUCUACCUGGUGGAGCUCGCCGAGAAGUGUCACGUCGACCUUCCCCAAGCGGUGCUUCGUAAAAUGGCCCUGAACCGACUGAAAUACCCCGCCAGCAAGGUGCACGGAUCGGCCAAAAAGUACACGGAGUACAAGGACUGAGUUUAGGUGUUAAUCAAGGGACGCUGGCAGUGACUGCUGUGGCUUGUGCCCACUUCACUGACCACAUGCUGCAGUUUGUUCAGGGCCAGGCCUAGCUACUACUGAACAUUGUAUCCCUGGGUUCAAUUGUUUUUUUUUUUCUGGGUUGACCUGUUACUUGUAAAUAUAUACAUUCACCCUUUAGUAGGCAGGGCACUAGGGAAUUAGUGUAUUUGUACAGCAUCCCUAGGCUUUUUUAGGUUAAGUUUUAAAUGUCGUUUUUAGUUUUAUAUCGCCUUAGGUGAAUUUGAGGCAAUGCAUACUCUUUGCAGAAAAUAUUACUGUUGUACAGUGACUUUGGGGAGUAUUUAAAAGAAAAUAUUUCUCACUGAAUGCUUUUAUAUUUUGGCUCCAGUUUAGGAGUGUGACAGAGUGGAUUAGAGAGUUGGGAGUUGAAGCAAAUGAUUAUUGAUGACCAUCCAUGACAAGCUCAAUUGUGAAAUGAUUUUGUUAUUAGGUUUUUGAUUACACUCAUUUCCCAUCAGGGUUCAACUCCUCUUCUGCUUUGUUUACAUCACAACUGUCACCUUUUUUUCUGAAGUAAAAGUUGCCUUAAUUCUGA